CAGUCACACUUCACUGAGCCCCUCUCUCACCAUCUCUUCUCUCUCAUUCUCAUGGCGUCGCCGCUCUAUCUACUCCUCCUUUUCAUCGCCUUCGCCGUUGCCGCCGCCGAGGGCGGCGCCACCGUGUGCAACCCCGCCGAUAGGGCGGCGUUGAUGUCUAUCCGAGACGCGCUCACAGAGCCCUAUCUCGGCAUCUUCGCUUCCUGGACCGGCGACAACUGCUGCAAUCGCUGGUACGGCGUCAGCUGCGACCCCACCACCGGCCGCGUCGCCGACCUCUCACUCCGCGGCGAGUCCGAAGACCCUCUCCUCACCCGCUCCGGCCGCUCCGGCCUCAUGUCCGGCCGGAUCUCCCCAUCCGUUUGCCUCCUCACCCAUCUCUCAACCCUAAUCUUCGCCGAUUGGAAACAGAUCUCUGGCCCUAUCCCUUCCUGCAUCCCCUCCUCUCUCCCCUCCCUCCGCGUUCUCGAUCUCGUCGGCAACCGUCUCUCCGGCCCGAUCCCCUCCGACAUCGGCCACCUCUCCCGUCUCACCGUCCUCAAUGUUGCCGAUAACCAGAUCUCAGGUCAGAUCCCCUCUUCUCUCCCCUCCCUUUCAUCUCUAAUGCAUCUCGAUCUCUCGGCCAACAAGAUCUCCGGCUCGAUCCCCCAAAACUUCGGCAAUCUCCGCAUGCUCAGCCGUGCUCUCCUCUCCCGCAACACCCUCUCCGGCUCAAUCCCCUCAUCGAUCGGCUCCAUGCCCCGUCUCGCCGACCUCGAUCUCUCCAACAACCAGCUCUCUGGUCCCAUCCCUUCCACCCUCGGCUCCGUUCCCGUUCUCUCCUCCCUCUACCUCGACGUCAACCACCUCUCCGGCCCCAUUCCCGCAGCCAUGCUCUCCAGCCACGGCCUCGGAAUCCUCAACCUCAGCCGCAACGCCAUCUCCGGCGAGAUCCCCGACGUCUUCGGCGAUCGCUCAUACUUCACCGCCCUAGAUUUGUCGUUUAAUGAUCUCAAAGGUCACGUGCCUCGCACGCUCUCCUCUGCUGCUUACGUGGGUCAUCUGGAUCUCAGCCACAACCAUCUCUGCGGCCCGAUCCCUAACGGAUCACCGUUCGAUCAUCUCGAAGCCACCUCGUUUGCUGCCAACGAUUGCCUCUGCGGCUCCCCACUCCCCGCCUGCCACUGAUCCUCGCCUUCCGAUUUCCUAAUCGGACGGUUGUCAGGCUUUAUACUGUGUAUGUUGUUUUGUUGUGGUGUUAAGAGGUUUGCAUGCACGACGUGAAGAUCACGUGAGGGUAUAGAGAGGGGUUGUUAAAGUUAAUUACAUACAUUUUUAUUAGUUUCUGAAUUAAUUAUUUAA